AUGGUUGGCACAUCAUACGGGUCAUGGAAGUUGCCCUUCCGGCCAUCUAUACUUGCAUUCCUUGCUGCGACAUUCCUGACCGUUAACGGACAGGCAACCGUUGAUUUAACUCAGUUUCCUCCUCCUGGAACGUUCAAUCCGUAUGGAAGCUGCAAUGCUGGGAUCUGCCUGCCGGGACCGUGGCCGACGCAGGAUAGAGUUCCUACCCCGGUAACAGCUUGGGUUCAAGCUGUCAACUUGUCUCUAGUACCAAACAUUCCUCCACGUGGACCUCCAUCAACAAACUACGGCGUUGUAUGUGGUGCCGGUGAUUCCACAAACGCAACAAUGGGCCCUUCAGGAUACUGUGAUUAUACAUGUGCACUGGCGUGCACUCGUGAUGAAAUCAAGACGUGUCCGCAAGGUGUUUGGGGGUUGACAUACGACGAUGGUCCAUCGAACUAUACGACGCUAAUUCUCGAUCGAUUAAAGUCAUUGAAUUUGAAGGCUACUUUCUUUGUUAUUGGGAGUCGGGUUUUGCAGAGGCCUGAUAUAUUGUUGAGGACGUACCAAGAGGGUCAUGAAAUCUGUCUUCAUACCUGGUCGCAUGCUAGUCCCACGACGUUAACGAACGAACAGUUCAUUACGGAGAUAUAUUGGGUUGCUAAAGCAGUGUAUCAAACAAUCGGCGUGAUUCCUACAUGCCACAGGAAUCCAUAUGGAGAUGCCGAUGAUAGAACGAGAGCUGUGAUUCGGGCUAUGGGUUUGAGAAACGUGUUAUGGAAUCAUGAUACAUCAGAUUGGAUGUCAUCAGGAAAUCCAUACUUUGAUCCAAAUUGGAUUACGAAUAAUUUCACUAUUUGGAUUGCUGCCGCUGGCCAAAAUGGCGCCAACUCUCCCACCGGUUUCAUAUCCCUCGAACACGACCUGUUCCCAAUUGCAGCACAGCAAGCUCCAGCUGCAAUAACCAUGGUGAACAAUGAUGGAUUCCUUGUUCAGCCUGUUGGUGUUUGUCAGGGCUGGAACAACUUUUACCAAAACACGACAUAUCAACAGGGUGCAGGAUUGAAUCCUGUGCUGUUGGGUCUUGUGCCUGCUGCAUCAACUGGACCGGCACCAUCAGCGGCAGCCGCGUCAGCAGCUCCAGCACCGACUAGCUCACCGACACAAAAUACUGCAUUGUCUCAAGGCGGAACAACGGGUGCUGGUUGGAGUCUGGCUGUUGGAAAAACUUACGCUUAA